AUGGCAAUCGCUGGUGGCCGACUCUCUCGAUUCUCCAUGGAUCCACCAACCGGCUUCAAGCGCGAUGGUUACUGCAAAGUCACUGACGACGACAAAGGGAACCACUCAAUCGCAGCAACAAUGUCAGAGUCGUUCCUGAAGUUCACGAAUGGCCGCGGCAACAACCUCGAGUCCGCAGGUGUCAAGCCCGGCAUGAGAUGGUGCUUGUGCGCUUCUCGCUGGAAGGAAGCCUAUGACGCUUUCAAGGACGGGAAACUAGAGAAAGAAGCGGUUCCACAGGUACAUCUGCAUUGUACGGAUAAGAAGGCUUUAGACGUGGUAACCUAUAAGGACUUGAAGGGUUUCGCGGCUGCGCCAGAAGCAACGAGGGAAGGGGGACGUCAGGGUGUGACGAUCGACCCUGCGAAGCCAAGCCAGCCGCAUGGUGAGGGUGAGAUGAGUGGUACUCGACCUACCCAGGAUCAGCAGUAUGGUACAACGAAGGAGAUGAGUGGUGGCACAACAGGAGCUGGUGCGGAGCAAGCGAGAAGGCAGACCGGUCGAGGUGGCUAA